AAUUACUUAUAUCUGUGAUCUGUAAUCUGUAUGACUGUAUACUAAAUGAUUUAAUGCAACAUAAUAUAAUUGUUUAGUACUCAAAUGGACAAUUACAUACCAAAUUUUAAACAUAAUUUAUAUAAAAUAUAUUCAAUAUCAAACAUUCAAGGUCUGGUAUCUGUAAAGUAUAAACACAGAACAUAAUAUUACUGUUAAAAACAAUAACCGUGUGAUUUGAAAAAGAAAAGUUUUCUUAUGUCCUAAAUCAAUAAUUAUAUUUCUUUGACUUAGAACUAAGACUUUUUUCUUUAUAAUUUAGAUAUGAUUUAUUUUAUUUUUGUAUAAUAUAUUACAACUUGUUUUAUCAGCUAAAUUUUAUUUUAUUAUCUCAGAUUUUUAAAAAAGAAUGUAUCUAUAAGCUUGAACUAAGAUAUCUUAGUCUAUGAGUAAAAAUAUACCUAAUACAAAGAUUAACAAGAAAGUGUUUAGGUACUAUUUAUUUAUCGGUUGGUUCGUGUAAUUUAAUUUUUCAUAAAAAUAUUUAUUACAUUUUGUAUAUGUAUUUUGUUUCACUAUAAAAUGUUCAGAUCCAAUAUCAUAUGAUUUUCAGUUAAUUCAAUAAGUAUGUUGAUAAUGAACAACAUCAAAAAAUUAUCAUCUAUAACGAAUAACGAUUUCUGUAAAUCCAGGAUGCAUUAUGCUUAUAAUAAUAAUCUUUAUUGACGGAAAUUAAUUCCAAUUUCAAAUGUAUAGCAAUAGAUAGUGUGCACAAUUAUAGUGUCUUAACUAAAUUGAAUUAUAAAUUAUAAUAUUCUCCUAAAUAUAACAAAUAUAAAUACGGAUAAGAUCAGUGCCAUACUGCUAUAACUAGAGAGCAAAAGACCCAGGUUCAAAGUGUCGUAAACAAAUUAUAAGGAUUAAAAAUAUAAUUUUUUUUUAAAGAAACGUUGUUUGUAACAACUUGAAAUCAUAUAAAACAAUUAUUUUCAUAAACGUUAAUAUUUUUUGAAAUAAGGAAUGUCUUACGUUAAAUUAAAUCAAUAACUCUAUAGAUUAUAUUUGUGACGAAAACUUGUAAAACGAGCUAUAAAAUAAAUCAACAUGUGUGAUUACUUAAAAUUCACUUUAAUAGUACACAGGGAAUCAUUCAUGAAUAGUACGUAUAUUUUUCAAAUAGAGUAGGUAAUGAUUUUUGUCUCGAGUCUAUUAUAGGGCUAAUACAAAUAAUUACAAUAAUAUAAAUCGUAAAGUUUUAGUAGAUUUAUGUCGUAAUUAUGAAGAAAAUGAAAAACAUCUUUUUAAUCAUGCCCACUACACCCCGCGUCUAAACUAAUCAAGUAUCAACUCCUUUUGAUGUGAUCUAACGCCGACGUUAAAGUAUCGUUGUUGGCUUAAAGUGGCUGUGAGGUGUGUAGAAUUCGCUCUGAGUUGAAAUUCGGGGCUGUAGAUAAACAUUUUAUAGAGCCACAUAUCCGAGUAAAAACGUACCUAUAGUCACGAUCUUGACUGAUGAACCAAUUGGUAUAUAAUGAUGCCACGGCCAAUAUAAUUCAUUUUACGUAGAUGAAAUAAAUUUUUUUUAAAAAGUUUUUGGAAAAUUCGAGCAUGCUCAGCCCGGGCACGUUACGCCACUGGCGGUGGCAGAAAAUUACAGACUAUUGAUCAGACCGCGUGCACAUAUUGCUCCACCCACCACCCCAUCGGUGGCGGCGGCGACAGUUCAAUUGUCUAAGUUCUAGCCAUCGCUGCUGCAGACUGCAGUCGGCGAAACACGCGACCGCGAGAGACCAUGUAAAAAUCAUUACACCGUCAUUGUUGCAGUAUUAUAUAACAACAAUAUUAUAUAAUACACCAUUAUGUUGAGCCGAAUCUACCUAUAGUCUAUUCGUGUAAAGUGUAUUCGUCAGUCGCGGGACAACCAAACUACCCCAGUAUAUACUACAUACCCGCAGAAUUCGCCCAAUAUAAAGCUACUUGAUCGUCAAAUCCAUUCACCGCGUAACAUUACCGUCUACCUCCAUUCGCCUAGCCCACCCAAAACAGACGCGUCGUCGUCAUGCCUGUGGCCGAUGAGCAGUGACGUGAGCCGGCGAUUCUCGUCGGCCGUCGGCGGCGGCGGCGGCAGUGGCUGCAAAAAAAUGCGGAAACGGAAGGAACUGGACGCGCUGACCGGAUGCACGGUGGUCGGCGUCAACCGGAACCGCAGGCUGAUGACGUGCUCGUCCGACUCGGACUCGUGUUCGUCGUCUCGGGCUCCGCCCACGCCCAUAAAACUCCGGCGACAGAUCACACGCAGGCGAAAACGGACGUUCGUCGCCGACACCUGGUGCAACGCCCUGAGGAUGUUCCUGACGUUCGGCUGCGUUGUGUGGGUCGUGUUCGAGACGUACACGUUCCUCGACGUGCGCAAGAUCCAAGCACACUUGCAAACGCAACUCGACGAAGUUGCCGCCGGCAAUCGUGGAGUUCCAGAUGAUCUACAAAAAUGUCAUGCCAUGUCUAAACAGCUUCAACAAAACCAAACCGAUAUCAAUCAACGUCUAACAGUGUAUGACGGACAGAUCACAAACUUAACACUACAGGUUGCUAAUUUGGGUUCAAGAUUAUCGUUAGUUGAGAAAAAAAUCAAUGAGAACACAGAUCUUUUAUCAAAUCCAGAUGCCACAAAAGAUCCAUCCAUAAAAGUCCUAUCAUCAGAAGUUGCUAAACUUGGUAGUACUUAUCAAGACUUAAGCGGUAGUGUAAAAUCGCUCAAAGAUACUACUAGUUCAUUACAGUCAUACCAAACAACAUUGAAAGCCAACAUUACUUCAAUAAGUGAAAAAUUAAAUAAUGUAGGUAGUAUUAAAACUGAUGAAACUAUGAUCAACAAUGUGUCUGGAAAGUUACACGAACUGAUUGAAAGUAUAAGUUUGAAUGUCACGACCUUAAACCGAACACUUACCAGCCGAAUAGAUUGGUUAUCUGGAGAUCAAAAAACCAAUGGAGUGGAAAUAGAGAAAUUGAAAGAGGACAGUCAGAAACUAAUCGCUCAAGUAAAAACAAUUGACACUAAAUUAACGACAUCAUUUAAUGAAGUGAACUCAAAAGUUAUAUCUCUAAGAACUCAAAUUGACAAGAUUGCAACUAAUGUUACCAGUUUACAUGCUCAAUCAAAUUCCGAUGACUCUCUAACGAGUUCUGGUCAAUUAAAAGGUGAUAAAAAUGGAACUCAGACAAAAUCCUAAUAUUAGUAUUUUUUGUGUUUUAUUGUAUGUGCACAAUUUUGUUGAAUAAUUUUGUUUUAUUUUUUCUUAAUAUAAUAGUUUAAAUGUUUACGUUUAUAUUUGAGUUAAUGAGUCUUGUUUUGGUAUGAUGUUUGAUUUGUAAUUUAAAAAAAAAAAUGUACCCAAAAAUAAUUCGUCUAAUCUAUUUUAUAGUAAAAUAUUUAUAAUUCCUAUUAAAUAUUAAAAUCAAAAUUUGUAAAAAAAAUAAUUUUAACUGAGAUUAUAUGAUGACAUUUGAACUUUAUACAUUUGAAAGCAAUGUUGUUUUUUGCCGUUAAUAUUGUACUUUUUUUCUAGUAUAAACAUUUGAAAAUUAUUACAAUAAAAAAAUUAUUUUUCUAUA